AUGCCGACAGCAUUAUCACCUCUUCCACUUACAUCGCCUUCGAAAUGGAAUAAACCAACUUAUACGAAUACGCACGGAGGAAAAACGUAUCAACCCACUCACGGUGAUUUGUUCAAAGUGGAAUUCACACCUCCAUCAGGUGACGAGGAAGAUUACGCUAGUAGAUUGAUUGCUGCUCGAGAUUUUGGACCGAAUGAGCGUAUAACCAAACUCACAAAUAUAUCUCUCGCACCGGAAAAAGCAUAUUCAUCUGUACAAUUUGGGACUGGACACAGAGAUCAUUUGGAGUUGAAUUCCGACUUGUUAUUUAUGAACCACUCGUGUUCACCCACAGCCGAGAUUCAUUUACCCCAUAAUCAACUUGAUCAGUGGGAAGUAACGACCAAUUCAAAGGGAUUGAAACAAGGUCAAGCUAUAACUUUCUUUUAUCCCAGUACGGAAUGGGAUAUGGCUCAAGGAUUCGUUUGUUCUUGUGGAUCCGACAACUGCCUUGGUAAAAUCAAUGGUGCUAAACACCUCUCGAUAUCACAGUUGGAAUCAAGAGGAUACGUUAAUGAACAUAUAAGGAGAUUGAAAGAAUCUCAACGAGGAGAUGAUCAAUGA